AUGGAGAGUUUGCCUGAGGACUAUGACUCCAUACCUGGAGAUAAUGCCAACCCGGAGACCCCCGGCCCGGAGCCACCUCAGAAGGGGACUGAAGAGUCUGAGGCAGACACUUCUCAGGACACUGAAGCCAAGUCCCAGCAGGAACCAGGGAUCCUUGAGGACACUAGGCCUGAGGACUUUUCUCAAAAAAAGACUGAAGACACGUCCCCGGAAAAAACAGGGUCACAGAUUCCCGAGGAGACUCAACCAGACGCUCCUCAGGGCACUGAAGUCCAGACCCAGGAGGAUACAGAGGAAAAGCCCUCUGCAAAGACAGAGCCAGAGAUUCCUAAGGACACUGAGGUUGAGACUCCUCAAGACACUGAACCCCAGUCCCAGGGGGAGUUAAAGCCAGGGAUCUCUCAGGAAACUAAGCUUGAGGGCUUAACUCAACAAGAAAAGUCCCCUGAAAAGGCAGAGUCAGAGAUCCCUAAGGACACUGAGGCAGAGACUCCUCAGGGAGCUGAAGCCCAGUCCCAGGAGAAGUUAAAGCCAAAGAUCUCUCAGGAAACUAAGCUUGAGGGCUUAACUCAACAAGAAAAGUCCCCUGAAAAGGCAGAGUCAGAGAUCCCUAAGGACACUGAGGCAGAGACUCCUCAGGGAGCUGAAGCCCAGUCCCAGGAGAAGUUAAAGCCAAAGAUCUCUCAGGAAACUAAGCUUGAGGGCUUAACUCAACAAGAAAAGUCCCCUGAAAAGGCAGAGUCAGAGAUUCCUAAGGAAACUGAGGCAGAGACUCCUCAAGACACUGAACCCCAGUCCCAGGGGGAGUUAAAGCCAGGGAUCUCUCAGGAAACUAAGCUUGAGGACUUAACUCAACAAGAAAAGUCCCCUGAAAAGGCAGAGUCAGAGAUCCCCAAGGACACUGAGGCAGAGACUCUUCCUGGUGCUGAAACCCAGGCCCAGGAGGAGUUAAAGCCAAAGAUCUCUCAGGAAACUAAGCUUGAGGACUUAACUCAGCAAGAAAAGUCCCCUGAAAAGGCAGCUUCAGAGAUCCCCAAGGACACUGAGGCAGAGACUCUUCCUGGUGUUGAAACCCAGGCCCAGGAGGAGUUAAAGCCAAGGAUCUCUCAGGAAACUAAGCUUGAGGACUUAACUCAGCAAGAAAAGUCCCCUGAAAAGGCAGCUUCAGAGAUCCCUAAGGACACUGAGGCAGAGACUCCUCAUGAUGCUGAAACUCAGUCCCAGGAGAAGUUAAAGCCAAAGAUCUCUCAGGAAACUAAGCUUGAGGACUUAGCUCAACAAGAAAAGUCCCCUGAAAAGGCAGAGUCAGAGAUCCCUAAGGACACUGAGGCAGAGACUCCUCAUGAUGCUGAAACUCAGUCCCAGGAGAAGUUAAAGCCAAGGAUCUCUCAGGAAACUAAGCUUGAGGACUUAGCUCAACAAGAAAAGUCCCCUGAAAAGGCAGAGUCAGAGAUCCCCAAGGAAACUGAGGCAGAGACUCUUCCUGGUGUUGAAACCCAGGCCCAGGAGGAGUUAAAGCCAAAGAUCUCUCAGGAAACUAAGCUUGAGGACUUAACUCAACAAGAAAAGUCCCCUGAAAAGGCAGAGUUAGAGAUCCCCAAGGACACUGAGGCAGAGACUCCUCAUGAUGCAGAAACCCAGGCCCAGGAGGAGUUAAAGUCAAGGAUUUCUCAGGAAACUAUGCUUGAAGACUUAACUGAACAAGAAAAACCCCCUGAAAAGGCAGAGUCAGAGAUUCCUAAGGACACUGAGGCAGAGACUCUUCCUGGUGCUGAAACCCAGGCCCAGGAGGAGUUAAAGCCAAGGAUCUCUCAGGAAACUAAGCUUGAGGACUUAACUGAACAAGAAAAAUCCCCUGAAAAGGCAGAGCCAGAGACUGCUCCGGGUACUAAAGUUGAACCAGAGAUUCCUCAGGAAACUGAGUUUGAGAAAGAAAGGCCACAGGUAUCAGAGGUGGAACAUGGAUUUGCUGAGGAAGACAUGCUAACAUGGAGCAAAUAUCGUGAUUCCUUUGUCGAGAGUGAGACAGAGACUCAUACUAAGGCUUUGGAAUCUGUUGGAGGAAAGGCCCAGAAGUGGUCAUCCUCAGAGAGUACCCUAGGUGUUCCCUCUAAAGAACAGCUCAGCUUUGAAGGUCAUAAAGGGUCCAUAUCCAAGUCCAUAAAAUUUAAUUCCCUCUUGGCUGAGGAUGAAAAAGAAGCCUUUGCUAGAAAGAUAUCUAUAAAAGACAUUAAGGAAGUCAAAGAGGUAGUCAUGCUUGAAACCAGUUCAGAACCAGCCUCAGAAUCUGACAUCCAGGAAGAACAACAACCUGAAAUCACUAAGACACAUUACCUCACAUGGAGCCCAGAAGAUGUUGCAGAGUGGAUUAGCCAACUAGGGUUUCCUCAAUACAAGGAAUGUUUUACAACAAAUUUCAUCAGUGGCCGGAAACUCAUCCAUGUUAACUGUUCAAACCUUCCUCAGAUGGGGAUAACAGAUUUUGAGGAUAUGAAGGUGAUUUCACGUCACACACGGGAGCUACUUGGAAUUGAAGAACCAUUAUUCAGUCGCAGCAUUUCCCUUCCCUACCGGGACAACAUGGGCUUAUUUUUGGAACGAAAAGGUCAUUCCGGGGUAAAAUCUGAUGCUUUGACCCUAUGUGGUUUUAUUGAAGAAGCAGGAUUACCUAAAGGUGAUAAGAAAGAUGAUCCUUGCGCAAAAAAGAAGAAAAAGAAAAAGAAAAAACCAAUGGCUCUUGCACAUAGUUUAAAAGAUAAAAUUAAACUCAUUUAAAGAAAGUACAGAGUUUUCUCCCAGCAAAGGCUCAAAUUACUCAGAAUUACUGGUUCUUUUUCUAGCUUAAGGACUUAUUUAUUUUACCUGCUGUGUUGCAUUUUAUUUCUUCUUUACAGUGAAGAUGAGAAUAUGGAUUUAAUUGCAUCAGGGAAAUUGUGAUGGUUUUUAAUGUAUAAUUCAAAUAAUGCUGUCUGGUUGUAUGAACAAAAUGGGUUGUAGAAGUAACAAGAGGUUUGAAAUGUUACCCAUUAUAGAUUUGGGCUUUGAGUUUACCUACAUUAUAUUUUGUAGUGUUGCUCAAGCAUUUCUUAAAUGGCAUCUAGGCUAAGGUUCACCCAAGCAUGAUUGCUUCACAAGAGAAAUUUUGGGCCAAUUAUUACUGCUAAAACUGAAUUAUGACACUAACAUGACUUUAUAUUUUUAUUGUUCUUUCUCUUCCAUUUUACUUUAAAAAUCUUAGAAACUCUUCUAGGGCUAUACUAAGCCAGAAAGGCCUGUGACAUCUACUCAGAUUCUCAGCAUUUGGCUCAAUAUUCAUUUUCAAGGAAAUUUAUUUCCUCCAACUUAUUUCCUUGGAGAGAAUAAACUGUUUCUCAGAUUGGCAUUCAUGCCAGAUGUUACAUUUGGACAAAAAGCUAAUUUCUUCGCAUAUUAAACUACCAAAAUUUAGUCUAAAAGUGCUCUAACAUCAUGUCACUGAGCUUGGCUGGCUCACAAUUAAGCAAAAGCCAAAAUGCAAAUGAUUAGCCUAAAACCGUUGACAUUUAUAUUUACAUUGAAUAAUUUUGUCUCAAGAGUUUGAAUUCUCAGACUAUACAGUGUCAUAUUGUCUGCCAACCUUGAUACCAUUACUAUUACUACUGUUGUUAGCAUUAUUGGGGGGAAAAAAGGAUUGGUAAAACAUUUAGAAAGUACAAUUAUUCACACUUAUUACAUCUAUUUAAAAAUAAACAUUUUAUAUUUUGCAAAA